AGCUCUCUGCAUCUGAACGGGUCCACCCCCUCACUCUGAAGACGUCAGAAAAAUCUGUCCUAAUCCCUGAGAAGCACGACCAGCUUCAGGAAUAAAGAGGGAGAGCAGCAGGAAUGUCAAGGGCAGACGGAGCCGUUAGCUGGAGAACAAGCGGAGCCUCUGUGCCUGGGAGAGCCGAGCAGGACCAGGCCUGAGGGCAGCGCCACAAGAACACCUGUGUUCCUGCGAUGUUCACACACACACACCCACCCUCACACACACACCCCGUGAUGUGUGUGAUGUUUGGGCUCUUCAGAACAGAGCAGUUCAGGACAAACAGAACAGCUGCAUUAAAACUCAGCUUAAACUACACAUUUUUACCUAUUAGGUAACUUCUGAAGGCAGUUGGUGGAACUGGAUUUUAUUUAAUAUAAAGAACUAAAAAUUAAUGCAAUAAAAAUAAUGUUUUGUUGAUCUUGAAUGCAGUGAUAAUUUUUCUGAUCAUUUUCAUGACGCUCUACUUUCUGUUGGUCUAAAAUAUAAAAUCUUAAUAAAAUACGUGAAAGUUUGUGAAUGUAGCAUGAAAAGGUUCAUGACCUAUAUGACGGUGUAACCAGCGCCCUCUGCUUGUGCCUCUGUCAAACUGCUGCCAUUAUUUUUCAUGGGAAAACACAUUAUUCACAGAUGCUGCAGCAUCAUAGAGGGUGAUUGUCAGAUGAAGUACUUCAGAUGCUGUAAGAAACAUAACCCAAACCUUAACUCUGACUCAUGUGAAUUCCCUGCCUAUGUGAAUUCAUGUGAAUUCCCUGGUCUAGUGGGCUUAGUGAACUUACUAAACAAAACAUUAUUUUUUAUUAAUAAUCUUCAAAUCAUCCAAAACAGAACAUAUCAGAUUCUAAUUCACUUUUCUAAAAGUGUCAGAUAAAUGCGUGUCAGAAUGGUUUUCUGUUAAAUAUAGAUUAAGUUACUCACUAUUGUGUCUUUCAGAAAUAUUGUUUAUACUAGAAUGUUCUAGUAUAAUAUAUAUUUCAAAAUAUAUUAUCUAGCCAAAAUACAACUUAUUUUAUGCUAUUUAUGCAUGCUAUUAAAAAGAGAUCCAGUUUACAGGAAAGAACUGUUGUUCGAUGAGAAUUUUAAAACAAUAUUUUAGUAAAUAGUAAACAAUGUAAAUCCUGGUUGUGGACUAUAUAUUACACCAGUUAAUUAUGUGUUUAACCUGAAAUUACAUGUAUCCUGCCGAGUUAAUUUCCAUGUGUUUUUAUUUUUUAUUUCAUUUCUACAAAGUCUUUUAUUGAUGCAAUUACUGUAAUAUGGAGUAGCAUCUAAACAUGGAUCCAAACUAAACUAAACUAAACUAAACCUUGGACCUAGAACAUUUCCUUUGGACCUUUUCAUCAUCUACCUUCUGCCCCGUAAAUUAAAUAUCCACUUCCACUGUUGUGCCGACUACACCCAGCUCUUUUUAUCCACUCUUUUAUUCUUCCCUCCCUCACUUCCUGUUUAAAUGAAAUAAAAUCCUGGUUUGCCUCAAACUUCCCUAAACUAAACAGUGAUAAAAACCGAGUUUUUACUCAUUGGCACUAAAUCUAAAGUCAACAACUUUUCCCUCACAGUUCUCUGGUCUAUCCAGGCACUGGGUGUCAUUCUUAACAGUACUCUCUCUUUUCACUCUCACAUUAAUAGUAUUAUUUGGUCUGCACACUUCCACUUCUGUAAUAUUUACCGACUUUGUCCGUCCCUCUCCCUGCUCUCUGCUUCCAUUCUAGUAAAUAUUCUGGUUAUUUCUCAAAUUGAUUACUGUAAUUCUCUCCUGGUUGUUCUGCCUCAUAAGUCAAUCCGUUAACUUCAUCUGGUUCAAAUGUCUGCUGCUCCCAUUAUUACCAAAAUGGCCUCAUUUCACCACAUCAUUCCAAUUUUACUGUGUCCUAGUUAAAGCCUAUGCUGUACCUGAGCAGAGCAAAUGUUGACUCACGUUUUUACUCUUUGCUGUUUUUACUGUUGGUUUUUGCCUGAUGACCGAGUAAAUUGACAUUACUCAUCACGUUUGACCCGAUUCGCCUCAUCCUGACUGAAUUACUGACCUUGCAGAGCAAAAUCCGAUCAGCUUCAUAGUAUGUGUGUGCACUGAGAGGGGAAGGUAAAAAUAGCUCAGGGUUCAAACAGCUGUAGCUUGUAUAAAAUCUGCUUUGGUUGACUUGGAUGAAAAACAGAUUUUACAAUAUAACAAAUCUCUCCUCUUUAUUGUCUCUUUAAAUAAAGAGAGAAUUCACAGAGCAAUAAAGACCAAAGUGUCAAAGAGACGACUUUGACAAAGAGAGGAAUCUUUACAUCUUGCAAGAUGGGAGAAAACAUUCCACAGAUCUGGCACAUGCAGAUUCUUGGGCAUGAAGUUCCAGGUGAGCUGCAGAAGAAGAUAUCGGUGGCCAGCCAGCCGGAGUGCUCCAUCUGCUACAACACCUACGACAACGUCUUCAAAACACCCAAGCUGCUGGAGUGCACCCACACCUUUUGCCUGGAGUGCCUGUCCCGCCUCAUGGCCGUCUCCCUGACCGAUCAGGACGAGGGCGCUGGCAGCACACGCCUCUCUUGCCCCUUCUGCCGCCAUCCCACUAUGCUGCCAGAAGACGGCCCCCCCGCCCUGGCCACCAGCCGGGAGGUCCUCUGCAAACUGCCCAGCCACCAGCAGCAGGAGGAGCCCGUGUGGCUGGAGGGGGAGAAGCUGUGCUACAAGACCUCCAGACAGGACGCCCUAUCCGGAGCGCCUGACAGCCCCACGGCCUUCUGCAUCUGCAUCGACAUCGGGGCCAGUAAGUCAGCGGACGCUCCGGUCCAGACCAGGCGCCGGAGCUCGGGUCUGAUGGGCCGACUGGCAGACUGGAAGAGGAUGGUGCUGUUCGUGGUGCUCAUGGUGCUGCUGGUCAUAGUGGUGCUGUGGCCUCUGCAGUGUGUGUUCACCACCGGAAACAUGCGCUGCAUGAGAAACGGACUCCACAUCAGCACCACGGCAACCACCACCACGACCAUUGGCCCGUCGAUAAGCAGGUCCGGCCUGAAAGGAUGAGCAGCUCAACUUACAGAACUUCACCAUGACACGUUCUUUUGAAGAGUUGCAUUCUGGGUAAUUAGUGUCUGCUGCCUCUGAUGCUGUAGCUGGGACCGGACCUGGUUCCCCUGCAGUGAUGACUGAAGGGCUUUUCACUGAUUCACUCAGACUUUACAGCUCCAUUUCUGUCAACAUUUCCCUUUUAAAAUGGCUGCAUCGCCAAGGAGUAGAUAAAACUUUGACACAUUUGCACUUUGACCAGAGCUUGCAUUCUGAGAUAAGAACAUCUGACUGGUUCUGUUUGGUACCGAUGUAGAACCCUGAAGUCCAGGCCAAACGGCUCAGCACAUUUACUGAGCCAGUGUGGAAAUGUGAACUUUUGGAUGGGAUCCACAUGUGCCAAUGACAAAUGUGUAUAAUGUGACUGAUUGUGACUUUUGAUACAUCUUUGUUUACAAAACUACAAUUAAAAGUGAAGCUUGUCUGUG